AAAGGUUUUCACUUCUAAGAAAGAGAGACGAAACAGAGAGAGAUUUUCCAUAAAUUAAAGUUGAUAUGUCCAUGUAAAUGUAAUAAUAUAUAUAUGUUUGGUACUGAAUGUAAUUAACACUUGUCAGUUUCAUAUUUAUUCAACUUUGAUUUUGGAGACCCAACAAGCAGACAUCCACAUUCAUACUAAGAUUUCAUAUCAUGGCUUGGGGAUCACGUUCCUCUUCCUCUUCCUCCAAUUACGAUGUGUUCCUCAGCUUCAGAGGUGAAGACACACGUCAUGCUUUUACUGGCCAUCUCUACAAAGCUCUUCAUGACAAGGGAAUCCACACUUUCAUUGAUGACGAGAAGCUUCAAAGAGGGGAGGAAAUAACACCAGCACUUAUGGAGGCAAUUCAAGAUUCCAGAGUUGCCAUCACUGUGCUCUCUGAACGCUAUGCUUCUUCUUCGUUUUGUUUAGAUGAACUUGCAACCAUCCUUGACCAGAGGAAACGGUUGUUAGUUAUACCGGUCUUUUAUAAGGUGGAUCCUUCUGAUGUGAGAUACCAGAAAGGUAGUUAUGGAGAAGCAUUGGCAAAGCUUGAGACGAGGUACCAGCAUGACCCGGAGAAGUUGCAAAAAUGGAAGAUGGCUCUGAAGCAAGUAGCUGACUUGUCUGGCUAUCAUUUCAAAGAGGGAGAUGGAUAUGAAUUCAAUUUUAUUGAGAAGAUUGUUGAGCAGGUAUCUAGGGAGAUUAAUCCUCGUACUUUACAUGUUGCGGAUUACCCGGUUGGACUAGAGUCACGAGUGCUAGAUGUAAGGAGACUUUUGGAUGCUGGAUCUGAUGAUGGUGUCCACAUGAUAGGGAUUCAUGGAAUGGGCGGGGUAGGAAAAUCAACACUUGCUCGAGCUGUCUAUAAUGAAUUGAUAAUUGCUGAGAAGUUUGAUGGUUUGUGUUUUCUUGCAAAUGUGAGGGAAAACUCAAACACACACCGGUUAGAACACCUCCAAGAAAAGCUGCUUUUAGAAAUACUCGGAGAGAAGAACAUCAGCUUAACAAGUGAGGACGAAGGAAUUUCAAUCAUACAGUAUAGGCUCAAGGGAAAGAAGGUUCUCUUGAUUCUAGAUGAUGUUAACACACAUAAGCAAUUACAAGCAAUUGGAAGACGUGAUUGGUUUGGUCCCGGCAGCAAAAUCAUCAUCACAACUCGGGACAAACAAUUGCUAGUAUCUCAUGAAGUUAAUAAAACAUAUGAGAUGAAGGAAUUGAAUCAGAAAGAUGCUCUUCAGUUGCUUACAUGGAAAGCUUUUAAGAAGGAAAAAGCUGAUCCAACUUACGUGGAGGUCUUGCAUCGUGUAGUAACUUAUGCUUCUGGUCUUCCAUUGGUGUUGGAAGUAAUAGGUUCCCACUUAUUUAAAAAAAGUAUACAACAAUGGGAAUCUGCCAUCAAAAAAUAUAAAAGAACUCCCACGAAGGAAAUUUUUGAUAAACUUAAAGUAAGCUAUGAUGCUUUGGAUGAAGAAGAGCAGAAAGUUUUUCUUGACAUUGCUUGUUGUUUCAAAGGAUGGAAAUUGACAGAGGUUGAACAUAUACUUCGUGGACGUUAUGAUGACUGCAUGAAAGAUCAUAUUCGGGUGUUGGUUGAAAAAUCUCUAAUAGAUAUCGAUGUUAGUGGUUGGGAUGAUGUAGUUACCAUGCAUGACUUGAUUCAGGACAUGGGCAGGCGAAUUGACCAACAAGAUUCCUCAGAAGAGCCAUGGAAGCGAAGGAGAUUAUGGUUAACAAAAGAUAUAAUUCAAAUUUUAGAAAACAACUCGGGAACUAGUGAGAUGGAAAUCAUAUGUCUGGAUUUCUCCUUAUCCGAGAAAGAUGCAACAAUAAAAUGGAAUGGAGAUGCCUUCGAAAAGAUGAAAAACCUGAAAAUACUUAUUAUUAGAUAUGGUAAAUUUUCCAUAGGUCCCAAUUAUUUUCCAGAAAGUUUAAGAGUACUGGAAUGGCACCGGUAUCCUUCUGAUUGUUUACCAUCUAAUUUUCCUCCGAAGGAACUUGCCAUAUGCAAGUUACCUCAAAGUUGCAUUACGUCAUUUUGGUUCCAUGGCUCAAGGAAGGGGUUCCCGAAUCUAAAGGUUUUGAAUUUUAAAAAUUGUGAUUUUUUAACAGAGAUACCUGACGUAUCUGUUCUCCAAAAUUUGGAAGAACUUUCAUUUGAGGGGUGUCGAAAUUUAACUACAGUUCACCCUUCAAUUGGUUCUCUAAAUAAACUUAAAAUAUUGGAUGCUAAAUAUUGCAGCAAGCUUACCACAUUUCCACCUCUCAACUUGACCUCUCUUGAAAAACUUGAACUUUCAGAUUGUUCCAGUCUUGAGAAUUUUCCAGAAAUAUUAGGAGAGAUGAAAAACUUACCGAAGCUUCAUUUGAGAAGCCUUCGCAUAAAAGAAUUGCCAGUUUCAUUUCAAAAUCUUGUUGGACUCGAGACUUUAUCCCUGUAUUAUUGUGGAAUUCUUUUGUUACCAAGUAGCAUUGUCAAGAUGCCUAAACUGUCUUCAUUGAAGGCUCUCGGUUGCAAGGGGUUCCAAUGGGUAAAAUCAGAAGAGGGUGAUGAAAAAGUGGGAAUAGUAGAUGACUUCAUUGUCGAUGGUUGCAACCUGUAUGAUGAUUUUUUUUCAACAGGUUUCAUGCAGCUUCAUCAUGUGAAAACUUUAAUCCUAAGGGAGAAUAAUUUCACAUUCCUUCCUGAAUGCAUCAGAGAAUUGCAAUUUUUAACAACACUUGAUGUGAAUGGUUGCUAUCAUCUUCAGGAAAUUAGAGGGGUUCCACCAAACUUAAUAGAUUUCUCGGCAAUCGAAUGUAUAUCCUUGUCUUCCUCGAGUACAAGCAUGUUUUUAAAUCAGGAAUUGCAUGAGGCUGGACAAACUAGAUUUUGCUUUCCAGGAGCAACUAUUCCAGAGUGGUUCAAUCACCAAAGUAGGGGAACUUCAAGUUCUUUCUGGUUUCGUAAUGAAUUCCCUGACAAUGUUCUUUGUCUUCUUGUAGCACGUGUGGAACUGUUAUAUGUAGAUGAUGAUGAAAUUCCCGUGCCCAUGCCCAUGGUGUUCCUCAAUGGCGAACUUUUUUUUAAAGGUUUUGAACUUACUGAUUAUGGGCUCGGAGUAAGAAAGGGGAAAUUGGAUUAUACAUAUCUAUUUGACCUAAAAUCAGUUUUUGAGCUUGAUGAUCUAUCUGAAGUGGGUUUAGAAAAGGAAUGGAACCAUGUGGAAAUUACAUACGCAGGUAUGAUGGAGACCUCACUGGUUAAAGCAACCGGAAUCCAUGUAUUGAGACAGGAUGAUAUUCGAUAUGAUGAUCCUUAUUACGGCAAGAGAAAAUUAGAGCAUGAUCUCAACAGUUCUGAAUCACAACCACUCAUUAAAAAGCCUAGGUUGUUUUGCAGGUUAUCGAGGUGGGUUGGCCCUGAAAGAAUUAUAAAUAUUCUGGGGAAUGCUGCAGAUGGAGCUUUAUUUACUAAUGCCGAGAGGAGAUUUAGGCAUAUUUCUAUGGACUCUUGUUGGCGAUGCGGCCUGUUGGAGGAGACAUGUCUGCAUGCCCUUCGAGAUUGUCCAGCGGUGGCUGAAUUUUGGAGAAGUGUGUUACCUAAGAAAUUAGCACCAAAGUUUUUUAAUGGUGAUGUGACAGUGUGGCUGGAAAGAAAUUUAUCUUUUUCAGAGGCAGGUUUUUUUUGGCCAGCUUUUUUUGGGAUUGCAGUGGAACUGUUGUGGCAAUUCCGCAACCACUAUGUGUUCUAUAAAAAUGACACUGUAGGUCUUAGAGAUAUGAGAUAUAUUGUCUUUAAGCGGUAUGAAGAUUAUAUGAGAGCCCAUGCUUCUCACAAUUUGAUGACGAGGAAUCUCUUGAAGUUGAAGCGCGCAAAUGCAGAGGAUUGGUUGUUGAGGCUAAAGGUGGGAGGUGCCUAUGUUCCCUCAUCAGGUACUGCUGCAUGCGGAGGUAUAUUCAGAGACAACAAUGAUAGAUUCGUGCUUGGGUUUUCGGUUAAGCUUGGGGAAUGUUUGUCGAUUGAUGAGGCUGAAAUAUGGGGUAUUUAUCAUGGUAUGAAGAUUGCAAGGAAGUAUGAUAUUUGGGGUUUAUAUCGUCAUAUUCUAAGGCUGCAUAGCAUUCCAAUCAGUCUUAAGCUUGCAAGGCAGCAUGAUUUUGGUAAAAUUGUAGUGGCAUCGGGCUCUGAGAAAGCUAUUGGGUUUGUGUUAGAUGGAUGCCCUCCAUAUAUAUCUCCAUCUACAUCUACAUGUACAUCGCUGCAGCAUUGUUUCCCAUUCUGUGAUGAGUUGAAAGCUCUAACCUCUGCUACAAAUCACGUAUACUUCUAUAAAAGUGAUGCUGCUGAUUCCUUUGCCAAAUUCGGUUUAUCCAUGAAACGGCUGGCUCCGAAAAUUUUUCCUACUUGUCCCUCUUUUUGCUAACCUUUUAUUGAAGAAUACGAGUGAAUAGACAAUUUAGUCCCUGAGAUUGUAACCACUUUGCAUAUUAGUCCCUGACUUAAAUUUUAAUUCAUAAUAAUCCCUAACUUUACAUAAGUUUUGCAAAAUAGUCCCUGUCGUUAAUUUCUCAGGUGACGGCAUUAGUGAGGUGUAUAGGUGGCAAUUCAGUGCCACGUAGAUUGUCCAACGUGGCACUGAGGUCUGCAUCUAUAAAUUCUCUCUCACAUGCAAGGUUGCUUCUUCUUCCCCAAAAAAAUUAGGGUUUACGAAGCUGCUGGUUGCUUCUUCUUCUUCUUCUUCCCACGCUGAGUUGCUUCUUCUUCUUCUACUCUGAGGCUCAGUCCCUGCUGCUUGUUCACUUGAUUUGUCCAUGUCUGCAAGUGGCAGUUGUUGUGCAUUUUCUGGUAGUUUCAUUCGGCAAUGCCACCAUGGAAGACGUGCAGCUAUUCGAACUGCAAGAACAAGGAGAAACCCAGGAAGGUUAUUCUAUACUUGUGCAUUACCCCAAACAGACCCAGAUAACUGUCAAUUUUUUCAAUGGGUUGAAGAAGAAAACCAACUUUCUAAUUCGUCUUCUGUCUCAAGAGAAACAAUGGUAGUGGCUGAUUUGAGGCUACAAAUUGAAGCUUUGCAGAAGAAAAUGAGAAAUUUAACAAACAUUGUGUUGUUAGGUUUUUCAUUUUUAAUUGUAAUGUUAGUUUUAGGGGGAAUGUACUUUAGGUAAAAUGUGUAAUAGCAGCUUUUGAUAUUGUAAUUGUUGUUUUGCUGAAGAAUUUGUAGUAGGAAGUAGCUUUUGUAGUGUAAUAGCAGCUUUUGUUGCUACUGUCAAUUGUUGUUUUGUUGAAGAAUUUGUAAUAGGAAGUAGCUUUUGUAGUGUAAUAGCAGCUUUUGUUGGUACUGUCAAUUAUCCAUUUCAAUUAAAUAUAAUUUGUUGGUGAAA